AAAAGCAUGCGGUCGACAUUUUUGACAUUUGUUCAGUUUCGUUGAUGUUUGAAUGCACAUGGUUUAUUUGAUAUUUCAUAUUGGGGAAUCAACAUAUUCAUUCUAGAGACCUUUACAAUGAAAGUGAAUAAUUUGAAGAAAAGAAAAUCUGAAAAGAAAACUGGUUUAACGCCGACCAUCUCAAAAAAUCAAACCAGUGCAAAUCCGCAGUGGAAAAAAGUCAAAUUGAGCGGUAAUUUGCUAUCGAUGGAUGAUGGUGGUGCGGGGCUUGAGGGUUUGCUUGGUUUGGAAAUUUUGGAGAAUUACGGUGACACCAUAACAGUAACAAAAGGAAAGCAGGUCAGAAGAAAAAAGACAUCAUCUGUUAAAAAGGAAAACAAUGAUGACAGUGAUGACGACCAGCCGCGUUGCAGCAAAAAUGAACUGAAAAAGAAAAAACGAAAGCUAAAAGAGUCUAAGGAAAAAAAAAAGCUUAAAGAAAGUAGUGCAAUCGUACACCAUCCACCGGGGAGAUUUGUGCGUCCCAUUACUAAUUGUAAUGAUGCUGGCGAUGAUUCAAUAAAUACGAUUGAAAGUAGUAACCACUCAAUUGAACGGAAAGACGAUCUAAAAAAUUCAAAUAAUCAGAAACAAUACCACGAUAGAUCGAACCAAACUGUGUUGACAACAGAUGAUUUAAUUGGAUGGAAUGGAUUCGGAAUAGAUGAAUCCAUUUUGAGGGUGUUAGCUGAGAAAGGAUUUAAAGAGCCAACGGAAAUACAAGCGCAAACAUUUCCAGCCGCAAUAAUGGGACGUCGUGAUAUUUUGGGAGCCGCUGAAACAGGUAGCGGAAAGACACUAGCAUUUGGCAUCCCAAUAGUGAAUGCUAUUUUGGAAAUGAAAAAGCAUCCAGGAAAACUGUCUCAUUUUCGCAAGAUCGACAAAAAAAAUGAAAUGGCCGAAGCUGAAGUUGACAAAGACAAAUUAGAUGUCAAUUUAAUAAAAAAUAAUAAAGCCAGCAAACGCAAGCGCGAUGAUCGAGACAAUUUCACGCCACCACCAGAAGAAAUCAAUAACUUCCCUGAUUCAUUCAUCCAAAAGGGGUUAUAUGAAAUGAAUCGUCCGAGGGUUGAGAGUGAAAACUCAAAAGCUAAAUCAAAACCGUUAUAUGCCCUCAUUUUGACUCCAACCAGAGAGUUAGCCGUCCAGGUAAAAGAUCAUUUGGUCGCAAUCACUAAAUACAAUGAUAUUCGUGUGGCUGCUAUUUUUGGUGGCCUAGCUGUAGUGAAACAGGAGCGAGUUCUAUCAAAAUGCCCAGAAAUUGUUGUUGCAACACCCGGAAGAUUAUGGGAGUUGUUGAAUGAAGGAAACGAACAUUUAAACAAGUUGCCGGAAAUCAACUUCUUGGUUGUUGAUGAAACGGACCGAAUGAUUGAAAAGGGUCAUUUCGAAGAGUUGAAGUUGAUUUUAGAUCGUUUAAAUGCCAAUCGGCUACUGAAGGCCCAACGACAAAAUUUCAUAUUUUCGGCCACAUUGACCUUAAUACAUGAACUGCCAAAUUAUCUGAAACUGAAAAAUAUGAAUAAAAAACAUAAACAGUUCGAACCUGAAAAUGUUCAACAAAAGCUUGACGCGCUCAUCCAAUAUUUUGAUAUUUCACAACCAAAAAUUAUUGACAUAACUCAAACUGAGAGUAGCGUGGGAAAAGGUAGCGGAAUAGCAACAAAAUUGACGGAGUGUCGCAUUUCGUGCUCACAUGAUCAAAAAGAUUUAUAUCUUUAUUAUUUCCUACAAAAACAUCCGGGGCGAACCAUAGUAUUUUGCAAUUCGAUUGAUUGCGUUCGACGACUGGCAAAAUUGUUUAAAAUCUUAGAAUGUUCACCGGUUGCUCUUCAUGCAAAAAUGGCGCAGCGAGCUCGUCUAAAAAGUUUGGAAAGUUUUACAACAAAUCCAACGGGAUUAUUGAUAGCAACUGAUGUUGCAGCAAGAGGCUUGGAUAUUCCAAACGUAGAGCACGUAAUUCAUUAUCAAGUACCACGCACUAGUGAAAACUAUAUUCAUCGUUCUGGCCGAACGGCACGUGGAAAUAAAGAAGGUAUCACAGUUCUAUUUAUGGAACCAAAAGAAGUAAACGAAUACGUCAAACUGUGUAGAACAUUAAAACGAAAUGAAGAUCUUCCAACUUUUCCAGUAUCUGAACGAUAUUUGGCUGCUGUGCGAGAACGUGUUUCUUUAGCUAGAAAGAUAGAUGUUGAGGAGCUCCGUGCGAGACGUCAAAACGCUGAUAUCGGCUGGUUGAAGAAAAGUGCAAAAGAAAUGGACAUACUGAUUGAUGAUAAAAAUGAUUUUAGUGAUUCUGACCAUCAUAAUAGCUCUGAAGAUGAAGCUGGCGGCGGUGCCAGACAAAUCAAAGCUCGUCGUGAUUUAAGACACAUGAAAGGUGCUUUGAAAAAUUUAUUGGCAAAACCUGUAUUUCCUAAAGGAUUUAGUUACAAAUAUCCCAGUGCUGAACUGAUCGAUAACGAAUUCAACGAAAGGUCAAAUCAAAAUGCGGUGAAGGUUAUGAAAAAUGCUAUAGAAACAGCAAAUAAAAAACAAAAACUUACGUAUUAGGUUUUGCAUUUAAAUUGGAUAUUUUUUUUAUAUGAACAAUCAACAUUGUUUAAUAAAAUACAACCAAUCAAGAGCAAUCUCGAA